AUGGAUAAUGGAGUGGAGUUGUUGGCUAAACUUCCAAAUCCAAAUGCAGGACCUGCUCAUUAUACCACUGCAUCUGAGGUUGCGACAUGCCAUUUUCUGCGAGAAAUAUUUAAUAUACCAGUGCCUCGGAUUCUUGCUUGGUCCUCCGAUGCGUCAAAUCCUGUUGGCGCAGAAUAUAUCAUUGAAGAAAAGGCCUCUGGUGUCCGACUUGGUAGCCUUUGGAAUCAUUGGUCGCGGGGCCCAAAGCUCAAGAUAAUUACUCAAAUUGCGCAAAUAGAGGAUGUGUUGACUUCCAUUAGUUUUCCGAAGCAUGGAUGCAUCUACUUUAAAGAGGACUUACUCGCGUUGACUGGAGUUGCGCCAGAUCUGUCUGUUAACUCGUCUGCUGCUCCUGAGAUACUCUAACGGUUCUCCUUGGGCCCACUCUCAUCGCCGGAGCUUUGGAAUAGUGGCCGAGCAUCAAUGAAAUUGGAUUGCGGUCCCUGUGAGUAUCCUUCCGUUUCCAACCUCCGCAGGGUUUUUCCUAUUUGCGGUACUGAUACCAAUCCUAUAAGUCGAAACCCCCUUGAAUAUUCUCAGGCGAUGGGGUUGAAUGAAAUUACAUGGAUCAAAUCGCAUGCUCUUC